GUGGGAGUGGUUGUUUUUUUGUGGUGGCCACACUGGCAAUAUUCAGCCUUGACAGUCAUAUGAUUGUCUGACAGGUGACCUGAGUCCAUACAACAAGUUCCCUUAAUUUUUGUCUGUAGUUCGUUAAAAUUAAAUAAAAUGGGUGCUCAGUGGCUGCCUUUGGUUUUGAUCACCGCCUUCUGGGCCGGAGUUGGAAUUGUUUUGCCCUUCAUUGUACCAAAGGGCCCCAACAAGGGAAUUAUGCAAGUUAUUCUAAUGCUAACGGGUGUUUGUUGCUGGUUAUUUUGGUUGUGCUGCUAUGUAGCCCAAAUGAACCCUCUGAUUGGACCACAGGUGGAUAAGAAAGUGCUUCUGAUCAUGGCUAAGGAAUGGGGUAACGCAUUUCCAUAAACAUCUUCCACAUUCCACCACUUUCUUAGAAUUAAUGUUACCUAGUUUAAUGUUGAGUAUUAUUAUAUCGAAGUAAAUUUUAACUCUGUAAAAAAAAACACUUUUAUUGUUUUCUAUAUUUAUUUGUAAAUAUGUACGUUUGCUUUCGAUUACACAAAACAAUGUUCAAAUAAAAUAAUUUUACAGUUUA